AUGGAGCUGGGGCUGAGCCUGGGCGAGGCGGCAGUGCCGGACGCCGCCGGGAGGGCGGCGGCGCCGGAGCUGGGCCUUGGGCUUGGGGUCGGGAUUAGAGCUAGCGCCGCCGGAACCGGAAGAGGGGGUGAGGAGGGCGGGAGGGGAAGAAGCAGGGCGGCGGGGACGGGAACGGGAACGGGGUGGUGGGCGGCGCCGGAGCAGGCGGUGCGGCUCAGCCUUGUGUCCAGCAGCCUCGGCCUUCAGUGGCCGCCCUCGGACGGUGGUGAGAGCCGUGUUCUUCUCGUUUCUUCAGACGCUAGCUCCCUCCGCGUUCUGGAUUCUUGGUUUCGUCUGUUGGGUGGCACCAUGACCGUGGCCGCGCCGGCUGUUCUUGUUUUCCUGCCUGCAGGCAUCUGUCAUGCAGGGCGUGGCGAGGCGCCGGCGGCGCGCGGGUUCGACGUGAACCGGGCGCCGUCGUCGGUGGCGGCGAGCGGUCUGGCGGCGCUGGAGGAUGACGAGGAGGACCCGGGCGCGGCGGCGGCCCUGUCCUCGUCGCCCAACGACGACAGCGCGGGCUCCUUCCCGCUGGACCUGGGUGGCCCACGUGCCCACGCCAAGGGCGGCGCCGCGGCGCAGGCCGGCGGCGGCGGCGAGCGGUCCUCGUCUCGCGCGAGCGAUGAGGAUGAGGGCGCGUCCACGCGCAAGAAGCUGCGACUCUCCAAGGAGCAGUCCGCGUUCCUGGAGGAGAGCUUCAAGGAGCACAGCACCCUCAACCCUAAGCAGAAGGCGGCGCUGGCGAAGCAGCUCAACCUCCGGCCGCGACAGGUGGAAGUCUGGUUCCAGAACCGGCGAGCCAGGACGAAGCUGAAGCAGACGGAGGUGGACUGCGAGUACCUGAAGCGCUGCUGCGAGACGCUGACGGAGGAGAACCGGCGGCUGCACAAGGAGCUCGCCGAGCUGCGCGCGCUCAAGACGGCGCCGCCCUUCUUCAUGCGCCUCCCGGCCACCACCCUCUCCAUGUGCCCGUCCUGCGAGCGCAUCGCCUCCGGCCCCAACCCUGCUGCCUCCACCUCGGCACCCGCAUCAUCAUCCACGCCGCCGCCUGCCACCGCCACCGCCACUUCGUACGCCGCACCCGUCGUGCGGGGCGAGCACCGGCCCUCGUCGUUCGCCGCGCUGUUCGCGGCCACCCGCAGCUUCCCGCUGGCGUCCCUGCCGCGGCCGCCGGCGCCGGCCAGCAACUGCUUGUAA